UAUCCGUUAAUUUGAAAACGUUGUCUGAGGCACUCACCGACAAAACACAAAAUUAUACAAAAAUGGCCUCUAAAAGGCAAAAGUGGAAGGGUUCAGCAGAGAAGGCGGGGAGAAUGUCAAGAGAAUCACUCACAGACUCGCGUAAGAGCAGCGUAUUGGGAGAGGAAACUUCUGCUAACGAACUUGCAGAAUACCUUGAAACGCUGAAGAAAAAGUCUGGCAUCAAAUCUCUAUGGAAAGGAGAGAGUUUUGAUAGGGUAGUCCGUGACGAGGAGGAUAAAACUCCAGAUAUUUCAAUUUCUAGCAUGGAUGACGAAAUAGGUGAGCCUUCAUGAUGUUUUUCCUCGACGUCCACCCCAAGCUAAAUCUAGCAUACUGUGGGUAAAAAAAAUAUAUGAGCUUAAAGGAGAAGUUCAUUCCAAAAUGACAGUUUUUUCUUUUCGCCGACAAAAAGAUUAUACAAGGGUAUGCGCCUCAUCGAAAUUUCAGCUUCCAAAUAUCUUUCCAACCCAAUGAAAUUCUCGUCUAAAAUUCUUGGCUUGCAACCACGUGACAAGGCGGCCAUGUUGGUGGUGUGUUGAUGGUCAAUACAGUAGAAAUUUUUCUCGAAGAAUUUACUUGAAAAUGGAGUUUAAUUCCCAGAGGAGAGAAAUGUUUUUUUUCUUGACCACCAACAUGGCUGCCGUAACGUCACGUGCAAACAAGCAACAGCCCAAAAUUCGAGAUCCAGCAGACGUGAUCUUGGAGAACCACUAGCUGCCUGGUGACGAGUACAUGACGUCAAUGCUCUCAACCUGAGUUUGAUAGAAAGAUUAAAUCACUCAACACUUCUUUUUUCUUCAUUUCAGAUUGUGUUUUUUGUGGUCAUGACUUCUUAUGUAGCUCUGAAAAGAGGAAACAAGAAGUUGAGAGUGAUUUAACAAACUUAGGUUGAGCACAUUGACGUCACACACUCGUCACCAGUCUGCUAAGAGCCUGGGAAUGGUCGAUUUAAGCUUAAGUUUAAAGAUUAUGAAUAUGGAUCAUCACUGACAGGACUUGAAAUAGUUUCCGGAGAGUCUCUGGACAUGAUGACCAGCCAAAUUCAUUUUAGCUCGGUCACAUAUUGUUUCAAGCGAGACAAAUUAAUAAGGUAUAUAACUCUUAAAGCAGGGGCCUAUGAAGUAAAACUGGUGUUAUAUACUUCCAAAAAAGUCAUUGCUUAGAGCUUAUAGCACUUUAAAGCACUCAUUGUCAACAAUGAAAAUAAAUUACAGUGGUGAAAUGAAAAUAAGCUUAUGUGUAAUAAAGAGGCUGUGUCACCGCGGCUCCCCAUUGACUGAGCUGUCAGAUUUCCACCAAUCAACAUGAAGCAGAUAUGAACACGAAUGUAAACAAACAUUGAAAAACACGUGCCAAAGGUAAUGACAUCAUUACUAAUGUCAUAGCUGCCAAUCAGCCUUUCGCAUCGACUUUUUCAAUGCAGAUAGUCAAAUUCCAGAGACGUAGUUCCAAGCUCGUCUUCCUUUUCCCACCCCGGAGAGCUUGCUCACUGGCUAAAAGCAGGUUCUCAGAAUAGAUGGCACAGACACGUGGUUAUUGAUACAAGCAACAGAUCAUGCAAUUUAGGUAACAACAAAAGAAGUAACGUUCAUAUAAAGUAAUUUAAUACAAGCACAGUACAACCACCAUUUUUGAUUUUUCUUUAAUUAUGGGUGUUAUACCAUUGUGAUUGCAAAGCUGCUAAUUAUUCACUUUAUUUUACACAACUCUACAGAUGAAAAGCUUCAUUCAGAAAAGUUGGAAGACGUUGACGAUGUCGAUGAUUUUAAGGUGAACGUUCAAAUGUUUUCUCGAUCACCAACACCAACAAACGACAACUCAUCUGACAGCUCAAUCAACCCCAUGAAAGGAUUGCAAAUGGCUGAGUUUGCCUUUAGUGAUGAUGACCAACCAGAUGAUGUGUUAGCUAAUAACAGACUAGAAGAUAAACUAAAGAGCUUAACUGUCUCCGGUAAAGAUGUUAGAUCAGUUGUCAAUGAUUUGUCAGAAGCAGCUGAAGUGUUGACUGAGGAUGAGGUUGAGGAAGAGAUCGAGGAAGAUGUUAUUGAAGAUGAAACUGCUGAAAACACUAAAAACAGAAAUAGAUCAAGCAGCAGAAAUAAGGACAUUUCAGAAAGAAAUCAUUUAUCUUCCCCAAGAAGUGUAAGUGAUGCUGAAAUUAGGACUGCGAGUAAGCAAGAAAAAAAUCGCACAAGGUCACAGCAAUCGUACACAGCUGACUUCUCCUCUGAAAGUGAAGUUAGGACACAAAAUAGCCCUUCACAUUCUUAUACAGGUAGUGAACAGAACACUUCAAGAUCAUCAGGAACUUCUAAGUCAUCUAGAAGUUCCAGGUCUUCUAGAGAUUCCAGGUCAUCAAGGAGGUCUAGGUCAUCUCGUACUUCAAGGUCAUCUAGAAGUUCAAGGUCACAUGAAAGGUCAAGGUCAAAAGAGACCUCAACAGAUUAUAGCAAAAGCAAGGUACCUUUACUUUUUAUGCAUCAGGAUUCUAUUAGGGGUGGCUUUGAUCAUGCUUUUGAGCACUUCCCUUAAUUUACGAGCUUCUGUUUUACACGUCAUUUCAAAAUAAUUAUUGUCCAUGCAAACCAUGAGAAUUUUCAUGGCAAUUUGUCACUAUUAAAUAAGUUGUUGAAAAUCUCACACAAUAGUUGAACCUGUAUCCAGGCCUUUAGGCUGUGACUGAGUGGUAAAACAUGAUCUCAUUUACAUUUCUGGAAUUUGUAUCUUUGAUUACUUAAGAAAUUGUUGUGCACAAACCUUUGAUACAAGCCUUAACAAAUCAUCUGCCAAGUAGAAUUUGAAAACUAACUAUCCUCCCUCAUUGUUUUAAGUCUCCAGUUUUGGAGUGAAGCAAUUGUUUAAUACUUGAGAUUGUUGACUGACUUUGAAAGGUUGAUUUAAUUAAUUAAUUGUUUUUUGCUCAUCAUACAAUGUACAAGAUCAAGAAUUAACCUUGACUAUGACUCUAAAUAAUGAAUUUACCUAGCUCCAUAUUAUUGUUGUUGUUGUUAUUAUUAUUAUUAUUAUUAUUAUUAUUAUCUUUAUAUUUAGUUAUUUUUAAUGUAUUAUCAUUUUCAUUUCAGAAUAAAGAUAGAGGAAACAAGUACAAGUGUGAUGUUGGAGUCCAAACAGCACCUGCAGUGGACCAGUUUACAAUACCUCCAGGUACCUGUUCAUGACUGUACAUGCAGUGAUUUUGUUGCAAAUAGUUACACUGUAUGGUGAGUCCCGUUUUCAGACUGACCUCUACAAUCUAUACCCAUUUUCAGACCUGGCCCUUAGGCAGAAAUUAUAUUAUCAUUACUUAGAUUAGAGUGCAAACAAAACAAUAAUUUCUUCAAAUCCAUUUCGAAUUCGCAUAUUUCUCUUUCUUUCUUACUCAUUUGGAACUGAAACAAUAAAUACAUUCAUACACUCCUGUAGUUCUCUCGAAAACCAUACCUGAUUCCAGACCAAAAUGGGCAAACUGUAUACCCAUUUUCAGACCAAAGGGCGCAAAAACCCGACCUGGUGGGGUGGCACAUACCUAUAUAGCUUAUAUAAGGGAGUACCCCACCCCCACCCCUCCAGGGACAGGUUGCAAAAAGCUUGAACCAAUCAACUGAUGAAACGACCCGUAGAUAUGACUACAAGUAUUGCAUUAAGUAUAAAAAUAAAUUAUUAAAUGUGCGAAUUCUGAACGGAAAUGCGUGAAGCCCGCUGAGUGAAAUUUAAUGAAUGGACCAAUACAUGAAUUUGUAACUGACAGGCCGACUAAAUUCCUAGUCUCCUAUAAUACUCACUGUUUAAUGUGUUCUUUCCAUUUCUUCCAUGAUCAGGUCUUGGUGUUGGCAUGGCAACAAGCGGCCCACGGUUCGGCAUGCAGUAUGUGGAUCCUUCCCCAAUUGCAACACAUACUGUUUCACCGGAAGCCAUGGAGGGUAAGGAGAAUUUGGUUUCAGUAUUUUGUUUCUCUGUAAGAUCUUAGGAUGAAGGAAUAAUACAAUAUAACUCUUUUCCUAGACUGCUUGCAGUCUGCCUUUUCUCUUAAAACCCGUCUAGUUCUUAUCUCAGCCAGCGCGAUUGCAAACCACGACCGUUCGCGUGUUAGGGUUUCUCGUACAGAAACUUUGCAAAGAAAAAUAAGAGACUGCUCGCAGUCUACUCUUUUCCAUUCUUAAUUAAGGGGCUGGUCAUUUAUUUACCUGUGAGGAGGGGGGACGGCCAUUUUGAGAAAGCUUAGAAGAUUUCCAAACCGACCCACCAAUUCAUCCUAGGUUUUUAGAAAUGAUCCCCCAUAAAUUUUACUGAUUGUGAAAGUGGCCCCCCACCCAAUUGCUGUAGAAACUACAAACAUUCUUAUUUUUAGCUACAAAUCGUGCCGAAGUGCACCCACUUACUAACUUUACUUACUGUAGUGUUUAUGGGAUAAAUGUUUACAGUUUUUGGCUGUUACAUUGAAAAUGAACCCCAAAACCAAUCAGGAUUUUGUAAAUGACCCUCCAGCAAAAUGGCCGCUGCCCCCACCCACACAAACACACCCACCCCUCACAGAUGAUAAACGACCAGCCCCCUAAAAUGAUAUUUAUUUUUCUGUAUCUCUUGGUUUUUAGCUAUUACUGCAUAUAAUCCAGCUAUUGUGGUAUUAAAUAACAUGCUGCGGGAACAGAUCCGAUUGGUGGAGCAGUUUGUGGAGAUCAAUCAAAGAAUGUACGAGUCUUAUUCAAGCGGCCUCAAUAAUAACUACCGAUACACUACUCUUGAGGACACACAACAGGUAUACUGUUUAACAAUUAUUCCUCGAGCCCGAAUGGGCUCUGAGCCACUAGCCCAUGAGGCCGAAGGCCGAAUGGGCUACUGACUGGGAGGCCAUGAAGGGCGAGAGGAAUAAUCGUUUUAGUAAAAUCCAACUAGUUGGUCAAAAAUAUCGAGACAAAACAACUAUAGCUAGUUAAAGCUAGACUAUAAUCCUUUUUUGUCGCCAAAAAGCAGGUGCUUUUCGCUACUAGUGGGCUAUAACAUAUAGCCUAGUAGUAGCUCAACCAAUCAGAACGCAGCAUUGAUAAUAGACCACUAGUUGACAUUUUGCGACGCCACCAGGAACGAGCGCAGAAAUUCCAUACUGACGAGGUAUCACUACCCAGAUCUGGGUGACGGCACGUCAUCAGAAUGGAAUUUCUGCCCCCUUUUUUCAGACGUCAUUUCGCGGGGAAUCCAGUGGUGGCGUCCCGAAAUGUCGGCUGUUUUUUCAGGCUAAUGAACUAGUUAUUACCGUAAACAAAACGUGAGAAUAGAAAAACUGGUUAAGCCAACUUUUGAAAAUAUAUUCUAAUAUUGUAUUUACUGUACGCGGUUCCGUAGUAGCACGACUUGGUUUUUCAUACGUCAUGCUAAUGCCCUGCACAAGUUGAAGCUGAGUUCGUCACGGCAGCAACACGAAGUUUGAAACAUAGGCAACAUAACUUACCGCGGUCUCCACUUGUAUGAUCGUAGCAUAAAAGUCCUUUCCAACCGUGAGUAACUAUACAGAACUUGUUUCUCUUUUUUUAUUCUCUUUACAGUUCAUAAGGAAGAAUCGACCCAAACCUCUUUCAUAUGAAGAAGCCUUGGAACAAGUGAAACGGGAAGAAAGAUGACAAUACGAAAGAUUCUUUAGUUUUGUCACGUUAACAGAAGCUGUAGUACCCUGGAAACCGCAGCUACAAAGGUGUCAUCAACAUUACAAGACUUUAAAAUUGUUCUGAAUUUGUUCUACACUUUGGCAUGCACUUUGAAACUUAGAUUAAAAAACUCGUAUUCCCGCAAUCGGCUUUAAAAGUGAUCAACUAAAUUUUGCUCUCUUGUUCGAUAUCUCCUUCGCGGUGAAAUUCGAACGCGACUUUACCGCGGUGCAGCCGCGUUGCUUCCCGAGGAUUUAUAAACAGUUGCGUCGGAAUAGCUUCGGAACAGGUCGGACAAACGCCGCCCUGACAUGUAUUUGACCAG